AUGAACCUUUCUUCGGAAACCCUGUUAAUUUUACUGAUUCUACCACUGAUCACCAUGUGUUCUGGCACCAGUAACAAGAGCAGCAAACCAGCCGACAACAAAGUAAGUCCCGUAUGUUUAGUAGUGUUUGGGAAAGAGUGAAAAGUGAUUAGGAAAUACGUUUAGUUCCAUUGCAUUCUUUAUGGCGAAUUGACUGCGUCACUGACUGAAGCUUUUCCUUUUUCAACAAUUUCCAGAAAGGGGGUAAAAACGUCAAUUGCCAGACACAUGGUGUAAAACUGAGAAGAGAUUGGAUUUUUAAAAUGAUAUAUUUUUUGUGGUUGCAUGACCUUUUCAGUAGAGAAAUCCCCUCAAAUAUUUGUUUUCCUGUUUUUCUUCUGCAAUUCAUAUUUUUAAUUUCUAAAACCGUACCUGUCCAUUGUGUUUACCAAUAUUUGAUGGAGGGACUAAAUGUUUGGUUGUUAUAUUUUUGUUUCCAUCACAGUCUCUUUCACAGUGUUAUGGCGGACAACCAGGGACAAAUGGUAUUCCUGGGAUGCAUGGCAUGCCGGGAUCUCCUGGGGCACCUGGCCGUGAUGGACGUGACGGAACAAAAGGAGACCGGGGCAGUACGGGAAAGGCUGGGCCCCAAGGACCUCCUGGCCUUCAAGGAAACAAAGGUCCGAAGGGAGAGCCUGGUGUCCAGGGUCCUACAGGUCAAAAGGGGCAGCGAGGGGAGAAAGGCGAGAGUGAAAAUACAGGGGCGUCUCAGCUUUCCUCGCAUAUGAACUGGAAAGAAUGUACAUGGAAGAGUGGAGACGGCAAAGACUCGGGAGUGAUCCAAGUACUAAUAACUCAACAGAUAUUGAACUUUGCAAUUUUUGUCUUUAGCAUUAAGAGGUUACUGACAAAGAGUUACUGGGACCGAGUGAUUUAUCAUAAGAUUAGUGACAACUUUCUUAAUCAUUGAAUUGUAUCAUUAACUGCCUUGAAGAUGGUUUUUGAGUUUCAAUGUAAUUAAGUCUCCCAUUUUUGUGGCGAAAGAUAAAUAGGUACAAGACAAACUAAUUAUUGGAUGUUGUAACUACAUUUACCCAUAAUAAUCAUUUUCUCUGCACAGAACUGCGAGUUCAUGAAGAACUUCACAGACACUACCCUCCAUGUCUACUUUGCUGGUAACCUCAGGAUUCAUGGAUGUGACGACUGCUGCAGCCGUUGGUAUUUCACCUUCAAUGGCGCCGAGUGCAGCUCUCCUGGGUCGAUUGACGGUGCGUUUUACAUGAAAACUGGGAGGAACCACGAUCUUCAUCGUCACCGCCAUAUUGAAGGUCACUGUAACAACAUUCACAGGGGAAAGGUGCGAGUGGGGUUCUGGGUUGGAAGCUGCAACACUGGCCAUAAGAGUGCUGACGCGUUCACAGGCUGGGCCACGAUGUCCCGGAUCUUCAUUGAAGAGGUGUCAAAGGCUCAGCAGUAAAAACGUCACACGUGAUAAACUGGACUUUUUGGACAAAUUAAAGAAAACUAUUCUUGGAACUUGUAGAC